AUGGCACCGUAUGCCACAGCAACAGCGCCAGAAUGGCUACCCGCGAAUCAACACCGCAGCAAUUUAUUUGGAAAGCGGAAAGCUGACGACGAACUCGAGUCGCAAUCCAACAUAUCCUCAUACUUUAAGAAACUCCGUCUGAACCAUGCGAUUCCACACCCCGCCGUACCGUCAUCUCAGCCUGCGUCUCCGUCUCCGUCUACGAACGUGGCAUUUCGGCCUCACAUCGCCAACACGGAUGCACGACCUGCGUUGUCUGUGCAUUCCGACCGCCAUGAACCUCCCUCACCCCAUAAAGUGCCCUCUAUGGCAGGCUCGGACUUCAUGACUGUGGACGACACCCCGCAUCGAAUCAUCAUCAACAAUCUCGACGCUGAAAUCGCCCAGAUCGAAGCCGAAGAAGUGGCCGCUUCCUCUACCGUCUUCCUCCCGGAUAUAGACAAGAAAGUGUCCACAAUUCCGUACCAGUUACUGCAAGAUGGCGAACAGGCAUCCGUGCCCGAAAACCUCAACACCGCAUUAGUUUUAUACAAAGACCCAAGUAGCAUCAGCGUCCCCGAAGAAGAGGAUGUGGUAAGGAAAACGAUAAUAGCAGCCCGUGCGCGGGCCAGGGAGAAACAAGCUGAAGAGCAAAGAGAACGAGAAAGACAGGAAGCUCUGCGCAGGGAAAUGAGUCGCGAGGAUGGCGUUGAACUGAGUGAUGCAAUGACUGAUCAUUCAUCUCACGGAGACGACGACCUAGACCCCAUGGAAAUUGAAUAA